AUUUUUCUCGUACUUUAAUGUGCAGUUCUAUAUUUAGACACAAGUAUAAAUAGAAUUAUUAACCUCUCUUCGUCACAAAUGUGAGGGGGACGUCUUUGUGACUACUUCGGAAGAAGACAGCACAAGUAAUAGUGUUUUUGACUUGUGCAUAAAGGAUCGUCUGGGCUAAAGACCGCUGUCUACAUUACCUGAUCAUUGGGUUGAUCUCAACCCCCUCCCUCUGACUCAAUGAUGUCUGGGGAGACGAAGACUGUGAUCAAGGGAAACUCCUCCAAGUAUGUGAAGCUAAAUGUAGGAGGGACCCUCCACUACACAACCAUCGGAACCCUUACCAAGCAAGACACCAUGCUCAGGGCCAUGUUCAGCGGAAGAAUGGAAGUGCUGACAGAUUCAGAAGGAUGGAUCCUCAUCGAUCGCAGUGGUAAAUACUUUGGACAGGUGCUGAACUUUCUACGGGACGGCACUAUUCCUUUGCCAGAGACUCGACGAGAACUAAUGGAACUCCUGGCAGAGGCCAAGUAUUACUUGGUACAAGAUCUAGUAGUGUUAGUAGAGGCUGCAGUAAAAAACAUGGACCACACUGUGGAGCUUGUGUGUAAGGUCCCUCUCAUAACAUCACACAAGGAGGAACAGCUUUUGCUCACCACUUCAACAAAGCCAGUUGUGAAACUGAUUUGUAACAGACACAAUAACAAGUAUUCUUACACUAGCAACUCUGAUGAUAAUUUAUUGAAGAAUUUGGAACUUUUUGAUAAACUGUCUUUACGCUUCAACCGCCGAGUGUUAUUUGUGAAGGAUGUGAUAGGGAGCAAUGAGAUUUGCUGUUGGUCAUUCUAUGGCCACGGAUCCAAAAUCGCAGAGGUGUGCUGUACAUCUAUUGUCUAUGGUACAGACAAGAAACACACUAAAGUAGAGUUUCCUGAAGCCCGAAUUUUUGAAGAGACUCUAAAUGUGUUGUUGUAUGAGAACCGUGAGUCACGCCCAGAUGAAGGCCUUAUGCAGGCCACCAGAGGUUAUGCUGAUGUACAUCACAGUUACCAUAGUGAUGAGGAAGUUGAGGAAAAACUGGAUCGCAAAGAUCGGAUGCGGCGCAAAUAAUUAUUUAUCAUGUAUGACUUAGGAAUGCCAUGUUAGAUUGUUAGCAUUUGUGUAAGGACAUGAUCCUUGUGAUAAAGUUUGGAGCUUCAUUAGAACUCUGGCCUGUCUUCCCAUACAGAUUAUAAACUCAUUCAUAUCAAUAUAAAAAGCAUGUCUGUUUUAAGCAUUCGAGCUUGCUUACUAUGAUUUGCAGGGGUUGAACGUCUUUUCACUUCUAAAAUCUCCAGUAUACCUAAUUAUAAGGUGGAAGCACUGCAUGAUAGACUAACAUGUGUACCACACAGUCAGUACAUGCCUGGUAAUAAGCAUGCUGACUUAUUUCUCAGUUCCAGAAACACCCAACAAAGGCCAUCUAAUUAGUGUUGGAUUAUGACUUAUCUCCCCUAGGUUGUUGCUCUUACAAUGGACUGAAAAGCUUAACUGAUCCACAUAUCAUUACUUUCAUUGCUGUUUACUGUAUGAUUUCUUAGUUAUAGGAACAAAUAUACCUUGGACAAUAAUGGACAGAUAAAUAAUUUAUUAUCAAAAUUUGGGAAUUUUUAUUUGUGAUUAAAUUUAGGAAUUGCGUUUAUCUAGCAGCUCAUUUAACAUAACCUUUGGCUCAAGGUUGGGGGAUUGGACAUAUUAAAGGAUAAUUAAAUAGCAUUUGUUGGUACUAUUGAUUCUGUAGAACUGAAAUAGAUAUGGAUGGACUUAUUACCGGACAUAUACAUACUAAAAGAAGGUUUCUUGAUUAGUGUGAGCAAAUGUAUCUCGGCUAAAGGUGGGUGGGGAGGCAGGUCAUUGCUUAAGCGUCUGUGAUUGUACAUAACUGCAGUUGAGGGGUCAGUAAGUUUGGGUGAUUCUACAUUACUACAGUAGAGGGGGUCUGUAAGUUUGGGUGAUUCUACUGUACUUAAGUGGAUGGGGUAGUAAGUGUUUGGUUUGUGAUUCUACAGUACUACUAUGGAGGGUAAGUUUGGAUGAUUCUACACUUUAUCAUUGGAGGGGACAGUAAGUUUGGAUGAUUCUACAGUACUACACAGUGGGGGACAGUAAAUGUAGGUGAUUCUACAGUACUACAUUGGGGGACGUUAAAUGCAGGUGGUUCUACAGUACCACAGUGGGGGACAGUAAAUGUAGGUGAUUCUACAGUACUGGAUUGGGGGACAGUAAAUGCAGGUGGUUCGAGAAUACUGCAGUGGGGGACACUAAAUGUAGGUGAUUUUGCAUUACUAUAGUGGAGAGGACAGUAUGUGUAUGUUUGUUACGUAUUGUACAGAUCCUUGUGUUGCGUGUCCGAAAUACAUAUAUAUGUUGUUGUUUCUGUGAAUUGCUCUAUCAAUACUUAAUGCACAAAUUUAGGCUACAAAACAUGUUUAGCUUUUAAGAAAAUGUUUAGUGAUAGUUCAGUGUUAUGUUGAAUAUAUAUGCUUUUUAAAAGUGUGGGAUACUCAACUUAUAAAGAAUGGAAUCGAAUUAUGAAUGACUUAAUUCUAUAAUGUUACGUCAAGAGAGACCAUGUGAUUUCCUCCUAAUAUAUAUAUACUAGUAUUUACAGACACUCACUUGAUUUUACCUUACUUCCAUAUCGUUCUAAUAAAAUUUUCUUCGAUCGAACUAUGCUGUAUUUAUCCAUUCAUAUAUUCAAUUUUGUUACACAUUAUUUCAUUCUAUAUACAACUGCAUGAUUUUGUCAAAAAUUUAAUUAUUAUAUAUUUCCAGUGGUUCAAAUUUUUGCAUAUUUACCAAAUGUUUGAUGAAAAAAAUUUGCAAUGUAUUUUGUGUGCAAGUCAUGAAAUGAACCAUCAUUUUCUGUAUUGACAAUGAAUUAUAAUUGUUACCAAUUUUAUAUAAUGCUUGAAAAUAGCAAAAAUUGAAACCUUUGAAAUAAAUUCUUUAACAAUUCAUAAAACCCUUGGAAAUAACAUCUUUUACAAUAGAUUAACAUAAAUGUUUGCAUGUAGACUAAGCCAAGUGGAAAGUAUAACACAGUGACUUAGUGUUCUGAUACAGUUGUCAUUGUAAUCCUAUCCUGUGCCGGUAUAUGUAUGUGUUCCCAGCUUUCACCUCCAUCACAUCACAGGUACAACUGUCAGCCUGCCAGACGCUACUGUACAACUAUAAGUUAUUUUUGUUUUGUUGCCAUGCUGUAAUACCUUGAUUUAUUAACCUCAUUUGGUAGGUGCUCUCAAGGUCGUUGGUGAGGUCAGAUGUUGCUACCGUUCAGCAUUAAUUACUGGCAUGGUUCUGGCCAUUGCUGUAUAUAUUACCUCGAGUGUGAAAUGCCAAACAUUAUGUCAGGUCUUGGUUCUUUGAAAACUUUUGAAACAAAUUUUCAAGUUUAUUUAUCUCUUUUUCAUUGUAACAAUGAACUUAUUACACAACUAUUUUUUCAAAUCUGGUGAUUGUUAGAUAAGUACAAUACUAUUGUCUUGUUCUAUAUAAAGAAGCUAAAAACAUGGUUUGAGUAAAGCUGACUGCACUAUCAUAAUUGUCAAAUACAGUGAUAUACUGUUCUAUUUAAAUAUUGUAUCACUAUAGUAUUAUCUAUAGGUUUUAGAAUAUUUAAUUUACUUGUUGUUAUACUUGAGUUAAUUAACUGUUAUCACGUGAAAUCAUAACUAACAGUGUGGAAGAACACUGAUUUAGGUUUAAUAUAUGUGUUUCAUAUUUGAAACAUUUUAAUGACCAUUUUAUUGGUAUGUUACUCAUAAAUGUAGAAAAGAGAAAAUGUGUCAUGUUCCAGAAUAUAGAACGAUAGAUUCCUUAUGUUCUGUGUUGGUGAUAUUCAUUAUUAAUGUACCUGUAAGGUUAUUAUGUUAUAAAUUAUGUACUGUGUAUGAGUGUACCACAGUUUAACAAUGGCCCAUUUUGUUAGUAGGGCUAAACACUUGGCUGUUGUUUGAUAUUAAUGCUGAAAUUUGUGUUAUCAUGUAUUUUAGGAUCAAAUAAACACUAAGAGAAAAAGAACAGAAAAAAAAUAUAGAUAUAUAUAUAUAAAUAUAGUCAUACCAGAGUGAACUCUGGAUGAAGGUAAAUAUAAAAUGCCCCCUACAUUGUAUUGCUUACUGAUGAAUGAUAUAUGAUAUGUACUAGAUAUGACAUGCAUUGGGUACUUUGAUUUUUCUUCAGAUGGGAAAUGAUAUUCCUAAAAACAAAUACCAGUAUUGUCAAUGGUACAUUAUUAUUUAAAUUAGAUUAUUGUUUCUGUGAUUUUAAACUCACACUUCGAGAUCUGAGUUAUUAAAGUUGCUAUUGUAUAAA